GAACAACUAAACUGGAGUAUAGUCAUCAUUUAUCACCAACCCUGUAUUCACGACCAUCUCUCUUCACAUCAUUACACCUCGAGUUUUUAACCUCGCUCGAAACAAAAAAAAAAUGGCAAAAUAUUUAUUGGCAUUGUCAGUUCUGUGCAUUUUUGGAAUUGCUGCAUCCUUGGAGAAACAAGAGACGGAGGAUGAUUUAAUGUCUAAAAUGGAAACGUGCAAAACUGAAGCUGGAGCAACAGAUGCUGAUCUCAAAGCAAUUGUGGCACAAAAUUCUUCAUCAACAGCUGAAGGGAAAUGUUUGCGCUCUUGCCUUAUGAAAAAAUACGAAAUGAUGACUGUCAAUGGCACAUUCGUCCCUGACAUUGCCCUUAAAUACGCUGAAAGAUACGCUGAUGGCGAUGCCGAAAAACUAAAGAAAGCCAAAGAAAUCGUAAAAUCCUGCGCUCGGAUUAAAGUAUCGCCUGAUCAUUGCCAAGCUGCUGAACAAUACAGCAAAUGCUUAAUAAAAAAGGCUGCGGAUCGUGGGCUAACGCAAUUCAAAUUGUAAUUGAACAUGGAUCUAAUGAUGAAAGACUCGAAUACA